AGCGCCUGAGGAGACAUCGACCCUAGCCUCUCCACCUUAGUUGCAUAUGAAGGAUCAUGUAAUUAACAAUUUGACAGAAAACAAGAUUAAUGAAUUCUCCCAAUUAAUCACAGAUCCAAGAAUGCAUACAGAACGUACGUAUGUAGAAGAAAAACUUAGACAAUCCAAACGUAAAUAUUGAAAUGUAUUUCGAGAGUUCCAAGGAAUUUGAGGGAAAAAUCUAAAAAUACUAAUGCAUGAAUCACCCGCUCAAGAACCUGCAUCAACGUUGAUGCCAAGUCAAACUGAGAGAAGCUUCAAUCCAAGACUUAAUGUAAAGAUUGAGAGAAAGUACAGGAACUCCGGGAUACUUUGGUACAUUCUGUUUGCUUGGCUUUCUACGGCACGUACCGUAACCGUUACAUUCCCACCUCCAUCACCAUUUCCCGUUUCAUAUAAUCUCUUCCUUUUUAAAAGUUGCCUUCCUUUUCAAGCACGCAGCCGAUUAGUGUGUGAACGCAGAGCCACCAUUGUCGUGCUUGUAAAAUGUCAUCCACAUGAUUCAAUCAGGUGAAAGCCUAUCUGCAUCCCUGCCAAAAACAAAAGUUAAUUUAUAUGUAAAAUGACAUCCACAUAAUUCAAUAUAAAUUUCCUUUCCAAUUUGUGUUCUUAUUACCAACUCUAAAACCAGAGAAAAUCCGUCAUUUAUUAGCUGCAUUCUUCAGAAUUCUUGUUUCUUGGGAGGAAAGGGAGGCAAUGGAGUGUGGCAGGAUCAAGAUUGUUAUUACCUUGUGCUCGCUGCUCCUUCUUUUUCCUGUGAUUCACGGCUGGGGAACUGAUGGGCAUCUCACAAUUUGCAGAAUUGCUCAGUCUAGGCUGAGCACGGUGGCGGCGGAUGCGGUGAAGCAACUGCUUCCUGACUAUGCACAGAAUGACUUGGGCAGCCUGUGCAUAUGGCCAGAUCAUGUCAAGUUUAUUUACCACUGGUCAUCUGCCCUUCACUAUAUUAACACUCCUGAUGUUUGCAAUUACCAGUACAAUAGGGACUGCAAAGAUGAGACUGGAGAGAAGGGGCGUUGUGUUGCGGGGGCAAUUAACAAUUAUACCACUCAGCUUCUCACCUACAGUAGCCAUUCUUCUCAACCUAAAUAUAACCUCACGCAGGCGCUUCUAUUUCUUUCCCAUUUCAUAGGAGACAUCCAUCAGCCUCUGCAUGUAGGUUUUGGUCCGGACAAGGGAGGCAACACAAUUGAUGUUCACUGGUACGCAACGAAGCAAAAUCUUCAUCAUAUAUGGGAUUCCAACAUAAUUGAUACAGCAGAAGAGAGAUUCUACCAUUCCAACGUAGAAGAACUAAUUGACGCGAUUAAACAGAACAUUACGACUGAAUGGUCAGAUCAAGUUAAGGGUUGGGAGACCUGCAGCCUAAACAAGACAGCGUGCCCCGACGUAUACGCAUCUGAAGGCAUCGAAGCAGCUUGUGAUUGGGCAUACAAGGGUGCAGAUGAAGGUUCAGUGCUAGAAGACGAAUACUUCCUCUCCCGGCUACCAAUAGUCCAUAGGCGGUUAGCUCAAGGUGGUGUCCGUCUAGCAGCCACUCUCAACCGCAUCUUCGGGUGACAGAACACUUGUUCUGCUUGAAGUUAACAAGAUUUCCAGAAGCUUAUAUGCCUCUAAAUUUAAAUAUAUUGCACUUGUAGUUAUGUUGUUAUCUAUUGUUCUAGAAAUAUCUUUGUUUCAAGCACUUGAACAAUUACAAACCCUGUAUAAUAUAUCUUACUGCUUAAUUAGUUUCUUACA